AUGUCGUCUAGUCAGUCAACAAUAAUUAUACCAUCAUCUAAGAUUCCUCAAACCGGAAAAAGUACACUUAGGCAACAACCUUCGGGAGCUUCUGGUUCAUUUUCAAAUACACUCACGAAAUCAAUAUAUGAGAAAAACUUAAACCGUCGAGCCCCUGAUUUAUCUUUAAGCUCAUUUUCUUUUCUAUUUAGUGAAGCCAUUCAAUAUUUGCAAAAGCAGUCUAGUGGAAUUCAAGACUUGGAAAAAAAGCUUAAUGAAUUGGGAUAUCGAAUUGGAUUACGAACUCUUGAGCUUCUCACAUUACGAGAUGGAAAAUCAGCUAAGCGAGAAACUAAAGUUCUCGGUGUUUUACAGUUUAUUAAUACAACGAUGUGGAGAGCAUUAUUUGGAAAGCAAGCUGAUGGCCUUGAGAAGUCAAGGGAUUCAGAAUACGAGUACAUGAUUAUUGACAAUUGUCCGUUGGUUUCGCAAUUCAUUUCAGUUCCUAAAGAAAAAUCUCAACUAAGUUGUGCUGCAUUUACAGCCGGUAUCAUUGAAGCUGUUCUUGACGGAUAUGUAUUUACUGCAAAAGUGACUGCUCAUACAGUUCCGACAGAAGAAUUCCCAUUACGAACGGUUUUUUUGAUAAAGUUUAAGCCAGAUGUGAUUAAUCGCGAAAAUUCUUAUAAAUUACGUUAA